AUGGCUGAGAUAGAUCCUCACCCAGAAAAUGCCAAAUCGGUCUCUUUACUUCUACUCGGAGAUGCGGGAUGUGGGAAAUCAACAUUUUUAGCUCGCCUGAAAAGUGGAAGACCAUCUUCAUCAGGUCCCUCUAAUACUGAUCAAAAUACCCUUGAAAAAUUUACUCUAGAACUCUACGACACAUCCAACCCAAACCAGCAUUGGACAAACCUUCGACCUGACGUGGUUGUUAUGGCCUUUGAUAUAUCUAACCGAGAUACGCUCGACGGACUGAAACAGUGGCGAAAUGACAUUACUCGUUACUUCCAAUACGGUCAUGGCGAACGCCUUCCAGUGAUGAUGCUAGGUCUGAAAAGGGACCUACGGAGAGAAGGCGAGGGAAUCAUCUAUCCACAGGAGGCCUAUCGUAUCGCGCAGGAACUUCGUUGUGAUAGAUACGCUGAGUGUUCGGCUGUCACAGGCGAGCUGCUCGCAGAGACAUUUGAAGAUCUCGCUAGAUUAGCGGCAAUGGCGACGACUGAAAAAGGUGGCCAGAGUGAGGGCCCUUCUUGCGUUAUUCUUUGA